AUGGCAAUUAAUGAACGAAGUAAACGAAAUACGAUGGAACGAAUCACUGUAAAUGAAAUUUUCAAUGAAUUGGAACGUAGUAAUAAAAGAGAUGAUCAAGAAGCCGAAGAAAAAGCAUUAGAACAUUUUCAUUCAACAACACUCGUCUCGCUAACUGCAUUUUAUUGUUUACGAAUUUUAUUACGUGAUCCUGAUUACCUACUUAUCUUCGUUCAAGAAAAUGGAUUAAACGGUUUGAAAAAACAAAUGGAUAUCUAUAUUCAUAGGCUUUCACCAGAUUUAUCUGAUAGUAGUAAUGAAUCAUCAUCUAUAGCGUCUAAAGCUCUAGGACAUAUGCUUAAUAUUCUUCAAAAAAUUUUAAAGAGUACACCAAAUCAUGUUGAACGAGAGCAUUUAAUAUCGAGUAAUAUGAUUGAAUCAAUUACACAUUUAUUAAAUAAUAAUCGAGAUUCUCCACUAUUACAUGACACAUUAAGAUUAUUAUUACAUAUGAUUGAUAAAACAGAAUUUUAUAUAACUGAAUUUCUUAAAGCAGAAACUAUUGAAAAUUUACUUCAUCUACUUGAAUAUAAAGAUCUUGAAACAACACAACUAUCUUUGCAUCUUAUGCAAACUUUUCUUGCACAUCCUGAAGCACGUCAAUAUAUUCCACAUAUACCAACUGAUUUUCUAGAUACAUUUACAAGUUAUUUGAGUCAUAAUAAUGUUAAAGUUCUUGAACAUGCUAUUUGGUGUUUAAGAAGUUGUGCUGAUAAUGAAGAUGGCCGAAGAAAAAUACGUUUAACUGGAGCUAUUCCACUAUUGCUUUCACUUCUAGAAAAUGGAAAUCGUUUUGAUUUUUCAUGUCCAUCAAUAAAUGCAAAUCAAAAACGACCCGGAUCCAUUUCAAAAAGAACUGUUCGAGCAGAUUCAGAGGUAACUAAUCCGAUUAUUUUAAUUUAA